UUUUACUUCAGUCCUCUCCUUUUCUUCCUCAACCACCCACCAUCUCUUCUCGAUAAUCAAAACAAUGGCUGAACCAACUGGGGACAUUGGCCUCAUCGGCCUCGCCGUCAUGGGCCAAAAUCUUAUCUUGAACAUGAACGACAAGGGCUUCAAUGUCGUCGCCUACAAUCGCACUACCAGCAAGGUCGAUCAUUUCCUGGCCAAUGAGGCCAAGGGCACCAAUAUCCAGGGCGCCCACUCCGUCCAGGAGCUUGUUGCGAAGCUCAAGCGCCCCCGCAAGAUCAUCCUCCUUGUCAAGGCUGGAUCUGCUGUUGAUGACUUCAUUAAGCAAUUGGAGCCGCACCUCGAGGCUGGUGAUAUUAUCAUCGACGGAGGUAAUUCUCACUUCCCCGACUCCAUCCGUCGCACCAAGGAGUUGGAGGCCAAGGGCUUGCUCUUCGUCGGCUCUGGCGUUUCUGGUGGUGAGGAAGGUGCUCGAUAUGGUCCCUCCCUUAUGCCCGGUGGUUCCACCGCCGCCUGGCCUGCCAUCAAGGACAUUUUCCAAAAGACCGCUGCUCAGGUCAACGGCGAGCCUUGCUGUGACUGGGUCGGAGAGACUGGUUCAGGUCACUAUGUCAAGAUGGUCCACAAUGGUAUUGAAUACGGCGACAUGCAGCUGAUCGCUGAGGCCUACGACAUCCUCAAGCGUGGCCUUGGUCUCGAUGAGGAUGAGAUUGCCGAUAUCUUCCUCAAGUGGAACAAGGGUGUCCUCGAUUCUUUCCUCAUUGAAAUUACGGCCAACAUCCUUAAGUUCAAGGAUGAUGAUGGGGAGCAUGUUGUCAACAAGAUCCUCGACAAGGCUGGCCAGAAGGGAACUGGCAAGUGGACUGCCAUCGCUGCACUCGAUGCCGGAACCCCAGUCACUCUCAUUGGUGAAGCCGUCUUCGCUCGAUGCCUCUCUGCCAUCAAAGAGGAGCGUGUUCGCGCCAGCAAGAUCAUCUCCGGCCCCGCCAAAGAACCCUUCCGUGGCGAUAAAAAGCAAUUCAUCGACGAUCUCGAGCAGGCUCUCUAUGCUUCCAAGAUCAUCUCUUACACUCAGGGCUUCAUGUUGAUGCGUGAGACCGCCAAGGAGCUCGGAUGGCACUUGAACUACGCUGGCAUCGCCCGAAUGUGGCGAGGUGGUUGCAUCAUCAAGAGUGUCUUCUUGGGUGAUAUCACCGCCGCCUACACCAAGAACCCUGAACUCGAGUCUCUAUUGUUCGACGACUUCUUCAACAAGGCCGUCCACAAUGCCCAGGCUGGCUGGAGACGCAUCAUCGCUCAGGCCGUUCUCUGGGGCAUCCCCACUCCCGCAUUCAGCACUGCUCUCGCCUUCUUCGACGGCUACCGAAGCGAAAUUGUUCCUGCUAAUCUUCUCCAGGCUCAGCGUGACUACUUCGGUGCCCACACCUUCCGUGUCCUCCCCGGCAAGGAAAACGAGAGGUUCAAAGCUGGCGAAGACAUUCACGUCAACUGGACUGGCCGCGGCGGCAACGUCUCAGCAUCGACCUACAACACCUAA